AUGGGUGGUUUGUAUUUGUUAGAUUAUGGUGCAGGUAACAUUCGCAGUUUGUUGAACGCCGUAAAUCAUUUAGGCUACGAAAUAAAAUUAGUUAAAACUCCCGAAGACAUUUUGAAUGCAGAAGUGAGGGUUGGUGCAUUCGGAAGUGCGAUGGAAUUUUUAUCCUCUAAAAAUUAUUUGGAACCUCUAAAAAAAUAUAUUUCAUCGGGAAGACCUUUCAUGGGAAUAUGUAUUGGUAUGCAAACGUUGUUCGAUAAUUCUGAAGAAAGUCCAAAUGUUCCUGGAUUAGGAAUUAUUCCGGGUACCGUUAAGCUCUUUAGUAAAUCUGAUAAAUCGGUACCACAUAUGGGAUGGAACAGAGUAAUAAAUUUAAAGGAAAUCAAAAACAUUAAUGACGACAAAAAAGACGAUGACGAACAAGAAGACAUCAAUUUCGGAAUUAAAGAAGAUUCCGUUUAUUACUUUGUUCAUUCCUAUUCAGUGCCAUAUGCCAAUGAACUCAAAGAAUGGACACACUCCACGACCCAAUACGGAAAAGAAAUGUUUAUAAGUGCAAUUCAAAAGAAUAAUAUUUUUGCUACACAAUUUCAUCCUGAAAAGAGUGGUUACGCCGGUCUAAUAAUAUUGAGAUCUUUCUUAAAAGGAAAAGGAAUUUUAGACAUCUCUGAUCGAAAUGUAAUAACAAAGAAUCCAGAAUUAUUAUCACAAGAUAGUUUCACCAAAAGAAUAAUUGCAUGUUUGGAUGUAAGAACUAAUGAUGAAGGAGAUUUAGUUGUAACUAAAGGGGAUCAAUAUGAUGUGAGAGAAAGAGAUACUUCGGGACAAAUUCGCAAUCUUGGGAAACCUGUCGAUUUGGCACGACGAUAUUUUAAAGAAGGUGCCGAUGAAAUCACAUUUUUAAAUAUUACAAGUUUUCGUAAUUGUCCAUUAGCCGAUUUUCCAAUGUUGGAAAUUUUAAAAUUAACUUCUGAAACAGUUUUUGUUCCGUUGACUAUUGGAGGAGGUAUUAGAGAUGUUACCGAUCCAGAUGGUAAAUUUCAUUCCGCACUUGAAGUGGCGGGUGAAUAUUUUAGAUCUGGAGCAGAUAAAGUUUCAAUUGGUAGUGACGCUGUAUAUGCCGUUGAGAAGUAUAUUUCCAAUAAUAUGAAGUUAUCAGGUGACACUGCUAUUGAAACUAUCGUUCAUGCCUAUGGGUCUCAAGCAGUUGUUAUUUCUGUUGAUCCAAGACGCGUUUAUGUUGAAUCACCAAAUGAUGCACCAAAACAUCACGUAAUUCAUACGAAAUAUCCGGGUCCACGAGGAGAAAAUUGGUGUUGGUACCAAUGUACCGUGAAAGGUGGUAGGGAAGGAAGAGAUAUUGAUGUUCAUCAACUAGUUACUGCUUGUGAAGCUAUGGGUGCCGGAGAAAUACUUUUAAAUUGUAUGGAUAAAGAUGGUACUAAUUCCGGUUAUGACCUCGAAUUGAUACAAGAUGUAAAAAGGGAUGUUAAGAUACCAGUUAUUGCGUCAAGCGGGGCAGGAAAAUUAGAACAUUUUUUUGAAGUAUUCUCUGAAACAAAAGUGGAAGCUGCACUUGCCGCCGGUAUCUUUCAUCGAAAUGAAGUACCUAUUCAAAGUGUCAAAUCUUAUUUAAAAGAAAAAAAUUUUCUAGUGCGAAAUGAUUGUAGAAAAUUGUAA